GGGAGCACUCACGCAGGCACCCGCCGCUGCUGGACCAGUAUAACACGCCGCCAUGCUGGAGGCCGUGGGCGUGCCGUGGACAGGGGCGACGCCGGUGCUGGAGGUGCGCGACUCUAGCCGGCCCUACCACUGUCCGUCCUACAAACUGCCCGAGUACGGGGUGAUCGAGAUCAGCCCCGGCAACACCAUCACCCUCACCACGAACGCCGUCUUCCGCCCGCAAUGCACCUCCGCCUCGCAGGGCGCUGACGGCGACGGCACUGGCCAGGUCCUCAGCGUCGCCGACAUCAGAGACCCCUUCCACGCCUCCAUCACUCCGCAGGCCUACGCAACCGGCGCGGCUACCGUCAUUGCCUGGAUGCUCGUCAUCAUGCUGAUCAUCACGCCCCGGACGUUCUUCGCCGGCAACGCUUCCGGACGCUCAGGGCUCAUGGGACGACGCGGCAUGAUCAGCGGCGCGUCAGGAGGAGGAGGCAUUAUUGGAGUGGGGAGUCGCCCGUGGCUGCAGAAGGUAGCUGCGCUGACGGUCGCCAUAUCGCUGACGCUGGCCACCGCCGACACGUUCAAGAUCGCCGGGCGCCAGUACGCCGAGGGGUUCAUCGAUGCCAUGGAGCUGCGCGACCAGGUCGUCUCAGGGAUGGAGAUCAAAGUGUCCCGUAUCAUCUCCGACAUCUUUUUGUGGCUUGCGCAGGUACAGACCCUGAUACGGCUGUUCCCCCGUCACAAAGAGAAGGUCAUCAUCAAAUGGGUGGGAUUUGCCCUCAUAUUACUCGACAUCACCUUCAGCUCUCUCAACAGCUUCGGCUCGUACGACAACAGCGCCCGCCCUGCACACUUCGACACCGCCAUCCCCGCACUCAGCUACCUCUUCCAGCUGUCCCUCAGCAUGCUGUAUGCGGCCUGGGUCCUUUACUACGCCAUCACCAAGCGACGCUACGCCUUCUACCACUCCAUGAUGUGGAACAUGAGCGUCGUCGCCCUACUAUCAAUCAUCGCCAUACUCACACCUGUCGUAUUCUUCAUCACCGACAUUGCUAACUACACCAUCGCCGGCUGGGGAGACUACUUCCGUUGGGUCGGAGCAGCAGCAGCCAGUGUCAUUGUUUGGGAAUGGGUAGAGCGCAUCGAGGCGCUAGAAAGAGAAGAAAGAAAAGAUGGAAUUUUAGGAAGGGAGAUCUACGACGGAGACGACAUGCUCGACAACACCCCAUCAUCUAAAUCAUCGAAGUGGCCAUAUUCGAAGCGGAAUUCUUCCGACAACGAGAAGAAGGACGGAGGCGAUGGUGGGCUUGGCGGUUUCAGUCUGAGUGCAUUCGCCUCGGGCCAGAGCGGCCGUGUUGGCGAGCUUGCCCAGAGACUGGGACGAAAGAUGACCGAGUCACCACGGGCAGAAGCACGCAAGAAGCGCACUAUUCAUGUCCCCGCGCCACCGCCAGUCCACCGCCGCUCUGAAUCCGCUCGUCGCGGUGAUCGCAGCUCGAGUGCGUAUGUGCGCGUACAGAGCCCAGUCCUUGCUCCGGCUGUUCCUGUUGUUGCCUCACCAGUCAGCCGGACGGACACCACAAGUGCAGACUCUACCGUCUACACAGUACGAUACCACCCCAUCAACGAAACACCACCAAUUCGUCAACCUGCAUCCAUUGAAGAUCGGUUGACACCAGAAGGAGCGAAAGCACAGCAACCGUCUGAGCUCCAGGAAGGUACUGGUCAACCGGCAGACGUCAGCGAUCCUGAGAAAGGUGCAACAGACCCCGAUACGUCUGCCAGCAACAGCAGAUGGAACUGGCAGGCUAUGGCCAACCCUUUCACAAGGAAGGGACGUGCGCCACCACAGGAGUUGCAGAGAGGCCAGGUGAUCGAACCGCUCGCAGUUGACGAGGUCCAUGCCAACAUUCCACCGCGUCAUUACAACGGAUUGGCACUAUCAGAUCGCCUUGGCACAUUCGCUGCGCAACAAGGAGAAAGGUUCAGGUCAAAGAAGAAGGCCAACAAGCAUUCCGAAAUGAACCUUCCUGUGACAAUCAUCCCAGCUCAGCCCCGUGGUCAAACCUGGUCUCCAGAUAUCCUUCAGCAGCAGCAGCAGCAGCAGCAGCAGCAGCAGCAACAACAGCAACAGCAUCAGCAACGGCACGAUGGACAAAAGAGCGAGGUGUCGGCCACUGCUGGUAUUCAGAUUGCAAGGAUACCAACGACCAUCGAAGAGCAAUCGGACAUGCCUUCACCAGCACACUCUGGCCAGACCACCAAUUCGAGUGAGCUUAUUCAGCCUCCUACCUCUACCAACGCGAACCGCAAUGCGCGCAGACGGUACACGCCACAAGCUGGGGGACUCACAGCUCACCCACCUGUCUCACCAACCAGUCUGGCAGAGGAGAUACAGAGUCCUACACCGCUGCUGGACAACGCUUCUCCAUAGGGAUCGUCAUCUCAGCAGCACACCAACCACGACAGGUAGCGUGGCCUGACUGACGUUUUCCUGCACUUCUUUGUUUAUAUUCUCGACGCACUUCAGCGUCGAUACUUGUAUACCCCACGUUUUUCAACGGCGCACUGGUGGCACGGUGAGACGACAGCAUCCGCAUAGGUUUUGGCGCAUUAUCUGGACUCAAAAAGCUGAGGGCUAUUGGGAGCCCCACAUGGAAGGGCUGGAUAUUCUUUGGAUACCCGCCGAUGUUAUGAGACUCGGCUUCACACUUACGUUUUUACGUUUGGAAGAUACGAAGGAUUGUUGUGCUGUGAACAUCUAGCAGACGACAAGAUCUGAGAUGAAAUACUACGUUACUAGCAAUAAAUACAAGAUGUCAAACUACC